AUGAAGUUUGAUUGUGUGGAACGACGCUUCUCGCGAUUGUUUUCCCAAUAUAUUCUGGUCGUUAGUCGAGCCCCGGUGCCGUUCCUCGUCGUUCCGUUCUGUCUGACACUGUUCUUGAGUGUAGGCUUAAGUCGUCACACUCAGGCGUUUGUGAAGGAUGAACUCGACUUGUACACUCCGACUGGAGCAAGGUCGAGGGAAGAGUUCAGACAUCUGGAUCAGCUGUUUCAUAUCAAUGACACUGAUCCCUUCUAUGCUAGUCGAAGGUAAAUUGGACCCAUUUACAAGUUUUUUAAUAAAAUGUAAUUGUUUCAUCCAUUCUAUUACUGUCAUGCGAUACAUAUGUACAAAAACAUCUGUGAAUCUUUCUAAUCUCUGUAAACUAUAAUAUUAUUCAGAUAUGACAUAAAAAGAACUGGCUACAUUAUUAUCACUAACGUAGAAGAAGAUGAAGAUGUAUUGAAUCCUGCCAUCUUAAGUGAGGCUAUGCACUUGUGGACGAUAGUACAAAGUCUGACAGUAGAAUCAGAUGGUAAAAAAGUAAAUUACCCUAUGAUUUGUGUCAAGUUUCCAAUGCCUCAAGAGUUCAGACAAACAUUGUCCUUGUUUAUGUCGUCAGAUGACGGGUAAUUUUAACCAUUUACAUUACCAUAUAUGAAGUUGAGAAUAUAUCGAACAAUUCCCCUUUUGUUUACUGUUACAUAUAUUAAUUUUACUUCAACUUUCAGUGGAGAUCAAGUAUGUGUGAGUAACCCGAUGAUAGAACUGUUCAAGUUCAUGCUUCGACCAGGUCAAAAACUCUUUUCCUCCCCAUUAGAUGAAGGUAUCUUGACUCAAAUAGGAGAGACGAUGGCUUCGAACACAGCAGAGAUAUCCCAACUGUUAGGGGGUAUUACACUUGAUAAGAAGAAACGAAUCUCCGGUGCCAAAGCCAUCUUACUGCCAUAUGCUCUGCGACACGCUACAAAACAAGAAGAUACGAUAGCCGAGGACUGGGAGCUGAAGCUAGCCAAUUACUUGCUCACAUUCCAGUCUCCGCUAAUCAAAACGUCUUGGUGGACAUACGAAACACUGGCAGCUGAGUCGGCGAGGGAUCGAGAACAGCUGAUUCGCAUGUUAGCACCGUGCUUUGCCGUGGUAUCUUUGUACACAGUAAUGUGCUGUUGUGUCAAAAGCUGGAUCAGAUCGCGACCGUGGUUAGCUAUUGGUGGUGUUAUUAAUGCGGCUAUGGCUAUUACGAGCGCAGUAGGACUGUUGCUACUAUUUAGGUUCAAUAUCACUAGUAUUGCUUAUUCUAUGCCUUUCAUUGUGUUUUGUAAGUUAUAAAAUUGUGUUUUGUGUAACUUCAUUACAAAGUUAAUUAUUGCAUAUAAAAUACCAUAGCAAAAUCUCGUACGAUAAAACAUGUCUUUAUAGCUGUUGGUGUUGACAAUGUGUUCAUAAUAUUGUCAUCCUGGCGAGCUACCGAUAACAAUAACAGUUUCGAAGACCGACUGUCAGAAGCCUUCGGAGACGCGGCCGUCUCCAUCACGGUGACCUCGCUGACCGACUUCAUCUCCUUCGUGGUAGGAUGCUUCACCCCCUUCCCUUCGGUCCAAAUGUUCUGUUUGUAUGCUGUUGUCGCGGUAAUCUUCACCUACAUCUACCAGCUCACAUUCUUCGCCGCCGUGAUGGUUUACACGUGCAAACGAGAAUGUGAGCAGCGACAUUGUCUGACACUUCAGCCUACGGUACCCAUACUCAAUAAACCGUUAUCUCAGAACAUGCCUCCACCCAAGUAUUACCCAUCCAACAAAGAGAUCGUGCCAAAAGAGACCAACACCUCACUGGCAGUCUUUUUUCGUACUCAAUACACGGACUUCAUCAUGAAUCCAUACGUGAAGACUGUUAUCGUGUUCAGCUUCAUUUUGUAUUUGGUAUGUCUUAUUUGUGCAACAUAGUAACAAGGUCGACAAAGAUCAUAUUUAAUAGUAAUGAUAACUUUAAUUUAGAUGGCCGCAACUUAUGGUUGUAUGCAUCUGAAGAUGGGAUUGGAGCCCAAUGACCUUCUACCUGACAACUCGUACGGCAAGAAAACUUUGAAAGACGUCGAGAAGUACUUUUCCGGUAAUGUUUUUUCAAUCAUAGAAUAACAUGUUGUAUAGAUGUAUUAUUUCUUUUAAUUUCAUAAUACUUUUCAGAGUACGGCAGUUAUUUGCACGUUUGGAUGUACAACUUGUCCCACUUUCAAAUGGCUCACAAAAAUAUCUGGAGUGUGAUAUACGAUGAAAUACAGUUAUACGAGUUCACCCAAUAUACAGCUGGCAGUGAUUGUUGGUAUGUUUUAUCAGUAAUUUUACUUGUAUUUCAAAACGUGUUUAUAUAAUAGUUAUAUUGUGCAUAAUAAUUUGAAUACUAAUCAGAUUUAUUUCAAGGCUGCGUCCGUUCUUCGAGUUUCUCCAGAAGACCGGUCAAGAACUGAAUUCUACAUCGUUCAUUCAUAGCCUGAGGAACGAGUUCUUGAAGUUGCCACAAUUCUACAAAUUUAAACGGUAAUUUAAAUCCAUCUUGACUAAAAGCACAUAUAAAGUAAGGAAAACCCUUGCAACAAUUUAGUACAAGCUAUAUAAAUAUCUUUUCAGUGACAUCAGAUUUACAGCUGAUAGUCAGCAUCUAGAAGCUACAAGAAUUCCAGUACAACUAAAGUUUGUUGGAUCGGCAAACCAGUCCAAAGCGAUGCAUUUGUUCAGACGGCUGGCUGAAACUAGCGAGGUUCCUACUGGAGUCUACGCUGACUUCUUUCAAGUAAGUAGCUGUAUGACAAACCAAAGCAUAUCUGACUUGAAAUUGACUUAUAAUAACGCUACUGAAAGUGAGAAAAUGAAUUUUUUAAAUUUCAAAAUUACAAUUUCAGUUCGCCGAGCAGUACAAUGCCGUGUUGCCUGGUACACUAUCGUCGAUUGCACUGGCUGCUUUAGUAGUUAUAUUGGUAUCUUUAGUACUUAUACCAGAGCCAAUAGCCGCCUUAUGGGUUACAUUGAGUAUUGGCAGCAUUAACCUAGGCAUUCUGGGUUUUAUGACGUAUUGUUCAGUACGGCUUGACUUCAUAUCUAUGGUCACUAUCGUUAUGAGCAUUGGAUUCUGUGUCGACUUUGCGGCUCAUCUUACAUACCACUAUGCCAAAGUAAAGGCUUCUAAUAUUUACUGCAAAGAAUGCAAAGUAUAUCUAUAGUCUUGCAGUUAUUUACAUAGUGUAUCAAUGUAAUCACUUAAAAUCUAAUUCAACCUUUACUCCAAUAUCUUUCUUGACAUUAUAAAUACUUUCAGAGUGUGCAAGAAGAUGCUACAGAGAAAGUACGAUCAGCUUUGUACGCAGUAGGUCCUCCAAUCCUACAGAGUGCGUCAUCUACCAUAUUAGGAGUAUCGUUCAUGUCAUCUACAGAGAGCUACGUGUUCAGAUCUUUCCUCAAGACCAUCAUGUUAGUCAUAGCUUUGGGAGUGUUCCAUGGUAUCGUCAUUCUACCGGUCUUUCUCUCCAUGUUCUCCUUCUCAAAGCGAAAGAAGUCUGAACUUUCGUAUUUUAAAAACGAGCCCAUCUACAUUCCAAGGAUCAGUUCUGUAGCCUUCACGUCGCGAGAAGACGGCUUCAACAAUGUUUAUGUUCCGUCGACGUCCAUAGUUAGUAUAUCCUCACCGUUACACUUAGGUCAUAACCUUCCGAGCUCGGGAGAAUCCUCACGAACCUCCACCAUCUCCAAGUAUUCACAGAAGUCAGUCAACAAAAUGGGUCUUUGAUUACCGGUACAAUCUUAUUUAUGGUAAUAAAUAUUUACUUGUCAGUUUAGAUUUGGAUUGUUUUUUAAUGUCAUUCAUAGAUAACAUCCUCGGAACAGAACGCUCACUUGUGACAAGUCCCUAAAAGUACAGUAAAAUAAUUUUACCGCAGACUUUUCCUUUCAUGUAAAUAGAGUGAGCUUCUGUGAAAGGUUUCUUUGUUUUUUUGGUGUCUCGAUCCAGCGGUCCCUAAGGGCGGACACGGUCAUUCCUUCCACUUGUUCUAAUAAGUUGUUUGACCCUCGAGUGUUAUCUUGACCUUGCUUACGUCCUCACACCAUCAUCACGGCAGUUCAACGUUUCUCGCACGAUGCGGCCGCUACGGCCGUAUUUUAGUUUUUUCUUUGUUCUGUUUCGUACGGUAGUCUACAGUAGUACGUUGUGUGAAAUCGGGUACAAUUGUGAUGAGUGCACACUGAUAAAGGCCGGUGAUCGGUGUACGACGCCGGCUGAUAACACACAGUUACUGUACUGUGAUCACAAAAUAAAGUAAGUUUUAGGUCAUUGUUGUAGAGGUUACUGCCAAUAUUAUUAUCAAAUACUUAAAAAUCUUAUUUGUUUACAGUAUAUUUUGAUAUUAAGUAAAUAGAGUUCAGGUUAAUAUUCAAGUAUUGAAAAUUACAGUAGGAUAGACAUUCACGAACAUGCUCACUUAAUAUGCAACCAAAGGCAUUCGUGGAUACAAGUCAACUGCCAACCAGACGAGACCCUAAUAGGAUCAGAAUGUAGGAAGAUACACUAUCGCUACAAGCGACAAGGUAUCUCGGGAUCAGGCAGAGUUGGAGACUUCUGCUCUUUCAAUACUGACUGUCUUACGGUAUGUUACUUACAGAAAUAUAUGUCACAGUAUGUUUACCAAAUAAUAAUUAUAUCUUACGUUGUUUUUAAUUCCCACGGUAACAGACAAUAUUAUUACUAAUUUAUACCUUCAGGGAAUGUUUUGCUCAACAGGCACAUGUACAUGUCUCAGUAACUUUGUAGCCAUUCAAGGCUACUGCUACUUGAGUAAGUACUCUUUCACACGUUGUUGAAAACUUUGUUUUUAUUCCUUCGUCAUAUUUUUAUACUCUUUUGUCACAUGUUCUGUCACACUUUUGCAACCUUUAAUCUACUUGUCAUCUUAUAUUGUCAUAAAGCAUAUGUUUAGAAAAGAAUCCAGGCGAAUCUGGCUGCCAUUACCCAGAACAAUGUAGCGCCGUCUGGCCGGAGAGCCGGUGUGAGAAGAACCGAUGUGAAUGUCCAGAAGACGUAAAUGGUAUCCACUACGCCAUGUCCAAGACCCGCGACGGUGUAGUUUGUAUUCUGAAUUCGGGAGAGGACGGUGACCCCGUACCCAAAUGUCCAUUACCAGAGUACGACGAUGACCUCCUCACGAUGCCGGUCUCGCAGCUUCGGAACGCCGCCAUGACCGACCCCGACGACCAGGAGGUGCAGAUGGGAGAGCACAUCAACCCGCUACAGUUCUGUACCUCCUCCUCCACCGACUACACCAACUUUAUGGCCAACGGCGGUGGAGCUUGUGUUUACGGCCAAGAGCCGUUUAAUAGUGGGAACGGCCUGUUUAUCUCGGAUAUAUACGAUUGCGUUACUGCGCCCACGGCGCUCAGCAACGUGAAGAGUGCCAUGGAAGGAGUUUAUGACAUCCACCCCUCAUCUGAUGGUAUCUGCUGUCCGAAUCGAGGUGAGAUUGACUGUUGGGAUCGGGUCAUGUUGUUUGUUCUGUUGUAAAGAUCCGUUUCGGUUAUCGUAAAGUGCAAAUAAUGUGCGGUCACGAAAAAACAAUGAACACGUGCGAGACGACGAUUCAUAACACAAUUUUUGAAAUACUCAUUUGCAUAUUAAUGUAAAUUUGCAUAUUACACAUAAUAACCAUAUCUGUUAUAAAAAGUAAAUAUAUAUAAUGUUUCAGCAUUUACAUGCAUCCAACCGAAGCGAGAAGCCGACGGUGGAGCAGCAGCACCAGCUGGAGUGAGACCAAGGUGGUGGUACAAUGCAGUGACAGGAAUGUGCGAACAGUUCAUGUGGGACCCUUGGGACGAGACAGAAAUGCAAUCUCCAAACAACUUCAAGACACGAGAACACUGUGAAAGUUACUGUAGAGACAGUGAGUUAACUAUCGUAUCUUAAAACGUCUUGAAAUAAACCAAAAUUACGCAUAGUAUAUUACCAAAACCUUCCUGUAAUAUAAUAUUUCUAGCAUGCAAACGAGGACCACCCCAAUAUCGUAGUGGUACCAGUCAGAAUGACGACGAGCCUGUCUCAAACUGUCAGACGGCUUCAUCUUGUGCCAACAACUACGAAUGCACUCCAGUAGGAUCUAUGCAGCUGUGUUGCCCUACUGUAACAUCCAUCUGUUCAGUAGCCGGAGGAAGACCAUACGAUCAUGCCCGAUCUACACCAUUUGACAGUGGCACAUCGCUAAAACGAACCUAUACGAUGACAUACAGUUCUUCCAGCAGAUAUUACUAUGAUCCCGAACAAGGAAGAUGCACAGCAUUCGUCUACAAUGGAGGGCUUGGCAACUUCAACAACUUCAAAUCCUCAGCAGAAUGUGAAUUGUUCUGUGCCAAACUACAGUGUACGUAUGGUACUCCGCUGAAGAUCGGAAACAACAACCAGCGAUGUCAGACCAACGCCGACUGUCCAAGUACCCACGAGUGUGAAAGCGACCACAAUGUGUGUUGUCCUCGACCUCGUACGUUGAUUUUAGGUUCUUGGCUUUUAUUUUAUCGAUGGUCUGCUCUGUGGCUACGGCUCUGUAGUGUAUUUUGACUAUAUCUUGCUGAUUUAACAAUCUAAUCCCCAAUGUUUCAGAAGCAAUAUGUUCUCAACCACUACGUCUGGGAGACUGUAAACAAAGUGUACGACGAUACUGGUACAAUGCUGUGACUCGUGCUUGUGAGAUCUUUGACUACACCGGCUGUCAAGGCAAUGACAACAACUUCGAGACGUUGUUGGAGUGUCAGAACACUUGUGAGAACAUUAUACCUGAACCACAGUGUCCUCAAGGUGACGCUUACAAAGAUUACCAAGGCAAUUACUACGUAUGUUCGAACUCUGGCAAUGGUAACGUAUGUCCGGUUAACUACGAAUGCUACUUUGAUGGAUAUGUGUGGGGAUGUUGUCCUACCAAAGGUGCAUAUAAAGCCUUACCUUUUGAACAUAUUAUAGUAACAAAAUAUCGAAAACAUUUAGAAUAUAUUUGAAUUGAACAUAUCAACAGCGUUUUGACCGCUAUUUCUUUAAGAGAAAGUUGUCCUACCUACUACAAGAUCUUAUACUAAAUAAAAACACUUUUAGCCUACACAUGCAGUUUAAGUGCCAACAAAGGUAUUACCUGCGGAUCCGGCUCUUCGUAUCGAUACUUCUACAACAGUCAAACACAAGAAUGUGAAAGUUUCCAGUACAAUGGUUGCGACGGCAACUCCAACAACUUCGCAACUCGAGACGACUGUGAGAGUUACUGUGGAGUAGGUGGUUGUCCGAAUGGAGGUACUCCUGAACGCAAUGAAUUCGGCCAACUUAUGGUAUGUUCCAACACAAAUUCAUGCCCAUCAACCCACGAAUGCACAUCAGUGACAUCUGGCAGCUCCAUUGUGAAUCGGUGUUGUCCUACCCGAGGUAAUGAUACCUAAAAUACUAAUUUCAGACAAAAUAAUCAAACCAAUGUUACUUCUGAAUGUUUAUAUUACUCAACCCAAAACCAUCCUUAUUAAAAUCUUAUCUUACAGCUUAUAUCUGCUCUCUCCCACCCCAACAAGGAUCCUCAUGUAGUUCAUCGGCCGCUGCAAGGUACUAUUUCAACAUAGUCACAAAAGAAUGUACUCAAUUCACUUACAAUGGAUGUAGUGGAAAUCUCAACAACUUCGCUACCAUGGAACGAUGUAAUAACUUCUGCCUGUCCGCCGCCUGUUCUCCUGGUGAUGUUGCCUAUGUCAAUCCGAAUACCAAUCUACCAUAUGAAUGUAACGCUGCUUUGAGUAACAGCUGUCCCAAUAACUUUGUCUGCACAUACGAUCCGUUGAGUACGAACAGUGUUUGUUGUGGAGCCACGAGCAUGGGUAAGUGUUACCUAAAAAUAUCUUUUUGUUUAAUUGUUACCUAAAUUAGGCAAAAACCUCCGAGAAUAGAAAUAUAUUGUAAAUCAGAAACAGAAAUCAAAAAAAAUUAAAUUUUUUCUGAAAUAAAUAUAAAACCAACAUGAACAAUAUCAAAUAAACCUACUUCUAUGUAAGUUUUAGAUGUGUGCCCCGAGGGCGAGAAGGCCUACGUGAAUGCGGCCGAUAUGAGUGUCCGAGAAUGUCUGAUCAACGUUGAUGGAAGUUGUCCAUCCAAUUAUUUGUGUCGAUUCAACGCCGCCAAAAACCGAUAUUAUUGUUGUGCCUCGAUUUCUGGAGGUAAGUCGUUUGUUUUUUCCGUAAUUACAGUUUUUAACAAUUUUUUAGGCUUCAAAACACUUUUUAUUCUUUAUUCUUCUUUAUAAUUUCAAAAUAUCCAAAAUUUUACGAAAAACAAAAAAUUGUCCGGCUUUGUUUUUUGUCUCGCGUCUCUCAACUUUUUGUGAUACUUCGUCGCUGAAAUGUUGCGAAAUAAUAUUGACUGAUUUGAAGUUACAUGUAUAUACAGUUAAGUUUAGUUUCACAACUAUUCAUUGAAAUAUGCGUCUUGAGAUUAAUAUAUUGUAAAUAACAUAUAAAAAUACCUUAUUUUAGAUCUAUGCCCUGUGGGAAAAGCCCUCUAUCGUGAUCCGUCUUCAAAAAGCGCCGUCCGUUGUACGAUCAGCAGUAGCACACAAUGUCCGACCAGUUAUUCCUGCCAAUCUGACAUACCCGGUGCUUUUCAAGGUCAUUGUUGUUCUGCCAGUUACCUCUGUCCAAAUAAGGCCGACUUCUUCAUCGAAGAAAGCUCCCAGAUGCCAAGGUCUUGUACCGUUGGGGCUUUCAUCACUUGUCCAAAUGGGUAUACUUGCCAAAGCACUCAGUCAGAGUUUACCACUGGAUAUUGCUGUAAAGGAGACAUCAUUUCUGUUUCUGGUGAGUCACUUUUCUAUAUUGCAGUAUUUUGAUAGUGUUGAACUUUUUUUUGCUGUCACAUUGUAAUUACGAUAAAAUAAUUACGGAUCUUGUCUUUCACUAGUUUUUGCUUGUAAAAAGAGUUAUUGUCGAAAUAUAUUGUAAUAGAUGAUCGAUCUUGAUAUAACCUAAUGUUCCAGAUGGUUGUCCACCAAAUGAGUAUGUGUUUAUGAAAGAUGGUCAAAUAGCUACAUGUGAUCCAUUCAACCCACCUAAUGCUCCUUGUCCAAGUGGGUAUUCUUGUCAGUGGUCGUUAUCAAAUCAAAGGUACCAAUGUUGUGGUGCCACGGCUAUUACUACUCCAAAGUCGAGUAAGUUUCACAAUUUCGUUUUUUACUUGCAUUUUUAACUUACCUUCUUUUUUUUUACUCGGAAAAAUUCUUUAGUGGCAGCGAUGGGAUGUCCGAACAGUCAAGUUGCCUUCCGAGAUCCUCUUACCAACUCACCCAAGAUAUGUACGGCAGCAGCUCAGAACUGUCCAGUCGGUUACUUUUGUCAGUUUUCGACCGCCAAUAACCAAUUCCAAUGUUGUGGAAUGGAUGGUGGAUGUCCGAACGAUCAAGUGGCAUUCAUUGGUAUUAGUGGAGAACCACAAACUUGUGCUAUUGGCCAGAGCACUUGUCCUAAUGGCUUUUCUUGUCAACGUACGAUCAGUGGACACCAGAUAUGUUGUACUACUGGAAUACCUAGUAAGUUCUAUGUUAAUAUUGCGAUGUAGUACCAGUUUGUUAGUUAAAAAGCAAUUUUGGCUCUUUCUGGCCAAACUUACAAUUCUACACUUAUUUUCACUUUCUUUAUUUGUCACGUUUUGUUGAUUACCCAGCUGAUUGGAUUACUGUAAUAAUCGUGUUUAGCCUGCGGCGAUAACCAAGUUAACGUAGACGGAGUUUGUUUGAACAAAGCGUUGUUGGGAGACGCCUGUGUGUCGCCACUACAAUGUCCAGAGAUGUCGACGUGCGAGGAGAGCAAGUGUGUGUGUCAGAGUGGCUACGAAGAGGUGGACAGUAACUGUGUGAAGGCCUGUGAAGAGGACGAAAUCAGAAUCCGUGGAGUUUGUUUGAAGCGGGUGAGGAUCGGAGAAGCUUGUGAAGACUCUCAGCAAUGUCAAGGAGGGUCGAGUUGCGUCGAUGGCAGUUGUAUGUGUCCAGAUGGCAUGGAGGAGAGUGACGGUGUUUGUGUGAAGAAGAUGAAGCGGCCGAAGAACAGUAUGGAGAGUGUAGAGGCUCCUGGAUUUUGUCCUUCACGAGAUCAGGAGCCCUAUCUGGAGCCGAGGACUAAGAAGUUGAGGUUCUGUUCACCUUCUAAGAAGGGAGCUUGUCCUCGAUCUUACAUUUGUCAGUUCUCCCCAGCUCUCAAGAAGAAUAUAUGUUGUGGAAAGACGAAACGAGGAGCUGUGAUUAGUGGCGGAGGUGGGGGAGAGGUAGUGCAGACGGCUGUCAGUAUUAGGCCUACUGGUGCUGAAGGAGGUGGGUUUACUGUCAUAUUUUUAUUUAUUAUUAGAGAUUGUUUCUUAUUCUUAAACAAGAAAAAUGCCUAAAUUACAUUUACGUGUUUGAAACUUUUUUUGCUUUUUUGAUGUUUACAUUUGCAUAUUUGAACUCAAGAUAACCAUACUUCUAUUAAUAAUCCGUAAUCUAUUUUUUCAUAACUCCCGUUCGAGUUGGGGGUGGAUGACCUAAGAGAACGUCAAAUUCUGAAUACCGGUAAUUUGUAGGUAUCGGUCCAAUCGCUCCUCUCUCAAUUAGCACAAACGAGGUCUGCGAACAAGGAGAGCCGUACAUGCUAGGUGGUAUCCCACAGACAUGUACGUCAUCGGUAUGCCCUCAAAAGUACAAGUGCAUAUUCUCGAAACGGGCCAAGAACUACUUCUGCUGCUCAAAGGACAAUGUCGUAGUUCAAGGUGCACAUGGUUGUCCUAGUGGUACGGCGCUUCUGUUUCCGUCAACAGGAUCUCCGGUGCAAUGUAGCCCCGAGGGCACGAAUUCGUGUCCGAGUGGGUUCGAGUGUCUCAAAAACGUGAAUUCGGGCGCUUAUCAGUGCUGCUCGGCCGAGGCGCAGACCACCUUCAAGAAGUACAAGAAGAAACGUGAGUUAUUAUAUUGAGUUAGGCGCUUUAAUGUAGUUUAUAUUAAGGAUUUGCUAUGGCAUUUUAAGUAAUGUUUUGAUAACUUUUGUAAUAAAUAAUGAGCAAACCAUUUCCAAUUUUAACGAUUUGUCUUCAGACUGUCCCAGCAACCAGGUCCAAGUCCGUCGAGUGAUCAAGGGCCGAGUGGUGAAGCGAUGCGAAUCCAGGUGUCCUCCGAAGCAGAUUCCGGUUCGUGGGGUAUGUCGCGACCUGAAUCGACAGAAACAGUUGGCCGAGACGGAAAUGGCACGAUAA